CCUUGGCCCAGCUCGCGGGGCUAAGAAACUCAACCCAGACCCGGUCGGGCUCGAGCUUGUCGGCCCAGACUUGCAUCCCUAGUUAAGCAGAAAACGCUUUCUUCCCACAUCCCCUUCUCUUCCCGAAUACAGCUACACAGUGUCAAAGUCUCAACUCUCAAGUGAGCGGGAAAUCAUCAUUGGAGAAUCACUCGCAUUUGAUAACGUUUCCAGUUGAAUUGUUUAUGCCCAUCGUUGAAGCCGCUAACGGUCUCGGUGUCUGUAGCAGUGUGCUGAAAAAGAUAUCUCAUGACAAUGGCGUUGAAAGGUGGCCAUAUUGCAAGUUUCCAUUCGGUAAGGAGUGUUGAAGAAAUCCAAAAAGAAGCUGUGAAAGAAAGAAACAAAUUGCUUGCUGAGUUGUCAAAAGCUGCCAGAAAAAAGGAUGAUGCUUCAGCAAGUUUGGUUGAGUCAUCAAUUUCUGGCUCCCAGCUACAAAGCAAAACAUUAGGUUCCAUGCAGAACAUACCCAAGGCAGUUGGGGCUUCAACACCAGCUCAUAUUUUGCAGCAGCAAGGACAGUCCCAGAAUAUGCUGAACUCAAGCUUGCCGAAGGGCAUUCUGGAUUAUGAGGACGAAUUUAAAAAUGGAUUCCCAACGGAGGGUUUAGCAACAAUUUCUCUGAGAUGGUGGGGAAGCAGCAGUCCAGAUGCUACUGAGGAUGAUGAUUUUGGAGAUGAAGCCCCUACUGGCCAAGAAGACAAGCUACAGUCCUCAGAAACAGCUGGCGAUUGCUCAAAACUGGAGGGUGAGAAACCUGACAAAGGAAAUGAGAUGAGUGAUAUUGGUCCCCAAGGGUCAGCUUUGCUGUUAUCUGUGAGAAAGAGAGCAGCAGAGGAAGGACGAGAAUCUCUAAAGCAUGGUGAGUGUAGGGGCUAUGGGGUGUAUGAGCUGGGGAGGAGAAAGAAAAUGUUGCUUCAAACAGUUUUUCAAUCUUCCUUGCCAAGGCAAUGGAGCAAGUCCUUUGAACCUUAGUAUUAUACUGAUGAUCAUUUUUAAGCUCCAUGUUAUCAGAUUGAGAACUUCAACAUGAGAUCAUGUAGUGCUUCACCUACUGCAUUCCAUGUUCAA